AUGAAUCUUAGCCUUAUUCUAUUUACUAUUGGUAUCCUUGGAUUUUACUUGUUUCUUCUGUUAACUUCGAUGAUAUCCUUGGACAAACUUAUGCUAUUUACAUUAUUCUUCUUGCUGCUGCUGAGUCUGCUAUUGGACUUGGUAUUCUUGUUGCUUACUACCGACUACGAGGUUCUAUUUCUAUCACUAACACAUCUACUCAACAUUCAUAAAAAAAUGUAUCUACUAUUUUUCCUUCUUCCUUGCCUAGGUAGUGCUGCUGCAGGACUUGGUGGACAAAAAAUUGGAGUUACUGGUGCUCACAUCAUUACUACUUCUUGCCUUGCUAUUUCUGCUGCUCUUUCUAUCGUUGGAUUCUAUGAAGUUGUUCUUUGUCAUUCUCCUGUUACUAUUCAUCUUGGUGAUUGGCUACACUCUGAAAUCCUUACUGUUUCAUGGACACUAACUUUUGAUACACUUUCUAUGUCUAUCAUUUCUACUGUUCUUAUUAUUUCUACUCUUGUACACCUGUACUCUAUUGAUUACAUGAGUGCUGACCCUCAUAACCAACGAUUCUUCUCUUACCUUAGUCUAUUUACAUUCUUCAUGGUUGUACUAGUUUCUGGUGAUAAUUACUUCCUUCUUUUUGUUGGAUGGGAAUUCAUUGCCGUUUGUUCUUACCUACUUAUUAACUUCUGGUUUACUAUUAUCGAAGCUAAUAAAUCUGCUAUGCAAUCUUUCAUUGUUAACCGUGUUGGUGAUAUGGCUCUUUCUGUAUCAUUCCUUGGUAUCGUUUGUCUAUUCGGAAAUGUUGAUUUCUCUACAGUAUUCUCUCUUGCUCCUAUGAUGAACGAAAGUGCUCUUACUGUUAUUGGACUUCUUCUUCUUUUCGGAAGUAUGGGUAAAAGUGCUCAAAUCGGACUUAAUACUUGGCUUCCUACUGCCAUGGCUGGUCCUACUCCUGUUUCUUCUCUUAUCCAUUCUGCUACUCUUGUUUCUGCUGGUGUUUAUGUUCUUCUACGAUCUAGCCCUCUUCUUGAGUACUCUUCUACUACUCUUAUUGCUAUCACUUGGAUUGGAUCUAUUACUGCAUUCUUCGCUGCUUCUACUGGUCUUCUACAAAAUGAUAUCAAACGUGUUAUUGCUUAUUCUACUUGUUCACAAAUGGGAUAUCUAUUCCUUGCUUGUGGUCUUUCUCAAUACAAUACUGCACUAUUCCACCUUGUUAACCAUGCUUUCUUUAAAGCUCUUCUAUUCCUUUCUGCUGGUGCUGUCCUACACGCUACAUUUGAUCAACAAGAUCAACGACGACUUGGUGGAUUCCUUCCUCUACUUCCAUUCACUUACACUGCUAUCCUUAUCGGAUCUCUUAGUCUUAUGGCUGUUCCAUUUAUGACUGGAUUCUACUCUAAAGAUCUUAUCCUUGAACUUGCCUUCUCUCAAUACGUAUUCCAUGGAUCUAUCGCUUACUGGUUCGGUUCUAUCUCCGCUGGUCUUACUGCUUUCUAUAGCUUCCGACUUGUUUCUAUGACUUUCCUUACUUACCCUAAUUCUCCUAAAAAAGUAUAUGAAAAUGCUCAUGAUGCUGCCAUCUUUGCUAUGAUCCCUAUGGCUACUCUUUCUAUCCUUGCUAUCUUCUUUGGAUAUCUUGCUCGAGAUCUCUUCGUUGGUAUGGGUACUGAUUUUGCCGCUAACUCUCUAUUUAUUCAUCCUACUCAUAUCUCUCUCAUUGAAGCAGAAGUUAUCCCUACCUCAUUUAAACUUCUUCCUUCAUUCAUUACUUUCUCUGCUGCUUAUGCCGCUUUCUUCUUCUAUCACUAUGCUCCAGACUUCCUUGUAUUCGCUGGUAAAACUACUCUUGGAUAUAAUCUUUAUAAAUUCUUCAAUGGUAAAUACUACAUUGAAGUUCUUUAUAAUACUUAUCUUAUCCCUGCUUCUCUUGGACUUGGUUACAUUGUUUCUAAACAACUUGAUCGAGGUAUUGUUGAACAACUAUUUGGAUUCGGAAUCUCUUCUGGACUUGCUAACGCUAGUCAGAAAAUGAGCAAACUUGAUACUGGUACUCUUCCUUCUUACACUAUCUACUUCGCUCUUUCUCUUCUAUUCCUUACUAUCCUUCUUAUCGCACCUGUUCUAUCUAUCUCUAAUAUUAACCCUUCUACUGCGAUCCAAUUCGUAUCUCUUAUUGAUCUACGACUUAUUGCUAUCCUUGUUAUCGCUUACAUCUUCAUUAGCUUAACAUUAUUACAUUCCAAAUGUACUUAG